UAUAAUUGAAGACCUUCAUCGACAGCAUCAGGAGGAAGAAACAUCUUCAGAUUUUGCCAUACAUACGCUCGCCAUGAUCGAAGAUUACGAGGUGGAAGAGAAAAAGCAAGCUGCUGCUGAUGUAUUGUUUCAAUAUUCGAAAUUCGUGAUGGCAUCCAUUGGAAACCAGGUUCGACCCUGUGAUUUGAGGUUACAUUUGAUGAAGGAGAUUUCGGGUAUGCCAACUUCGUUAAAUAGAGAAUCAACGCAGGUUGCAGCCUCUCCUGAUGCAAUGGGGGAGUCAUCAAGUUCAGGAACAGCUAGACUCGAUAAAGUUGACAGUUUCCGCGCACUGUAGUUGCUAAUUGUCAUAGUUAUUGUUUAAGAAGUGGAAUUAUGACAACUUUUCAUGUCCUAUAUCUGAUUUGAUCUAUGUAGUUGAUCUCACUUUAUGUGACAAGAUUUCCUUUGUUGAUGUUGUUCAGAUGUGGUUCCUUAGAAGCACUGUUCUGCAUCUUUGCAUUGGUACACAAGUUAUGUUAUCCUUUUGUGUAGUGUCUCGUAGUUUCUAUAGAAGUGUAAUAAAUGUUUUGUUUCUUGGACAA